UACCAAAUGAAUUCAAACAAUCGUGGACACUGUGUGGUGAUAAAUAAUGAGAUAUUUGAGCAACAGUCUAGACGAUAUGGCACAGAGAAAGAUGUGGAAUCUUUGAAGGAACUUUUCAAGCAAUUAAAUUUUCAAAUAACAGUUCACGAUAAUAAAACUGCACAGGAAAUACACAACCUGAUAAAACAUUAUAAAGAUAUGGAUCACACCAAUUAUAAUUGUUUUGUGAUGAUGGUUUUAUCUCAUGGUUCCCAUGGUAAUGUGUAUGGAGUUGAUGGCAAGGAAGUGGGCAUCGAGCAAAUAGUUAUCAGUUUUGAUUCCCGUAACUGUAAAAGCUUAUGUGACAAACCUAAACUGUUUUUUAUUCAAGCCUGUCAGGGAGGUAGGUAUACUAAGAAUGACGAUGAAGAUUCAAGUGAGAUAUCACUGCCUACAAAGACGCGAGCCUUAACUUUUCUGUUUUAUAUUUCUAUCAAUUAUAUUUCAGGUUUUGUAUCUUGGCGAGAUAAAAACUUUGGAACGUGGUUUAUACAAGCUGUGGUCUAUGCCUUUAAAUACUGGGCUCAUAGCUGUGAACUAGCUGUUCUGAUGACUAGGGUAGGUACAAAUUAA